AUGCUGGCAUUACGGGUGCGAAGCUUUUUAUUAUUAAAUUUUCGUUCGAUUUAUUCAACACCAACAGAAUUAAAUAUAAAAGAAGCAGACAUGGUUCCCGAUGAUUACACAGUAAUUGGAGGUGAUGAUGUUGGCUCAGGUACACAUCGAUUAAUUGGUAUAAGACGCGCGUUGGAAUCAUAUUUAAGCGAAGUUCGGGCUCAUUCUAGAAUGGUAGCAGUUGAACGUGCUGAAUUUGAGCUUGGCAAGCGGCAUUUAGCUAAUAUUAUGGGAAUUGAUCCGAACCAUAUAGCUCAAGAAGAUAUCGACAAAGCUAUUGAAUAUUUGUUCCCAUCAGGAUUAACUGAACCUUUAGCGCAACCAAUUAUGAAACCGCCUGAAGAGUAUAUACCAAAAUUUCGCAUUCUUGAAUUUGAUAAUGAAGGCAGACCGAAAGAUCCUUUGUUUUAUACCAUUAAACCAAGAUUUUAUCAACUUUUAUCCCAAUUAUUUGUUUACUUGUUUAAAUUUCAGUAUGCACAGUUUAUUAUGGCCUUCGAUUUUUUAAUUUCUUUACCGAAUGCCGAAUCUGAAAAAGAUUUUAUUUCAUCUUAUCGAAUGCAAUUAGCUGGUAGUGCUGAAAAACGCUUAUUUGGUCCCCAGAUUCCAAUGGUCGAAUUGCUUCCUGAAGAAAAAAGGCGAAAAGCGAAUGUAAAGACUCGUGUCAAAAAUACUGAAGCAGUUACAACUGUGUUCGACAACGGUACUGGGAAAUAUACUGUAAUGGGAUAUGGUAUUGAAGAAUUUCGGCAACUUCAAGCCAGAGAGAUACUUUUGACGCCUUUAUUAAUAACUGAUUUGCUUGGUAAGGUAGAUAUAUCUGCAGAAUUGGUUGGAAAAGGUGGAACUUCAGUUAUACCUAGAGUUGUGCGCCAUGGCUUAUCGCUUUGCCUUGCUGCAUUAUAUCCCGAAUUUGAGACUAAAUUGCGUUUAGCUGGUCUGCUUACCGCAGAUCCCCGAAGAAAAGAACGGAAGAAGAUCAAUCAACCAGGUGCACGAGCCAAAUGGAUUUGGUGCAAACGAUGA